CAUGCAGCCACAAGCUUCCAGCAUGGCCUUGGCUGGCAAGGAGACCAACACCAAUUGGGAGGAGGAUCGUAGAGCUUGUCUGCAGUGUUUGGCCGCCUUUUACCGCGACCCCACACAGUUCGGGUUCUCAUCCAGCACAGAACUCAUCGUUCCGUAUGGCUUUAACUUGCAGACUGGAGAGAUCGAGCCUAAUGCCCUGAAAUGCUUCCGCGACCCCGCAAAGGCCAAGGAGAAGUCACAGGCACAGCAGUCGCAGUCGACGUUUGGGCCUAGACCAGGGCCUGGACCUGGAGUUGCCUCGGGAGUUGCAUCAGGGUAUCUUAGCCAAAGCUCUGUGCCUCCCAACCCCUUUGCACCACAAAGCGGGCAAAGCUCUGCGCUGCGCAGCUCUUCCUUUGGGAAGCCUCAGGCAGCCCAGGGAAACCCAUUUAAGGCCCGAAGCACUCCCUUUGGGCAGGUGAAUGGGCGAACUUCGCAGUCCUUUGCUCCCUUCGGACCUGCAUCACCUGCAAUAAGUUCUCCCUUCCAGCGCUAGCUCCGAUAGCGCAUCGUGCACCAACUUCACUGAGUGAAAUUGAAAUUAGGAUGGCCAGGCUGAAGCCAGAUCGCGCAUCCUCUUGAUUCAUGCACAUGCGGUGGAAAA